CAGAGCAAACAUCAAAGAAGGCCCAGGAACUUAGGGAUUUCUAGCCAGGAGGUUGGAUCUAAGUGUCCUGAGGAUACCAGCAUGGAGACCAAAUAGUGAUGUCUCUUUCCUCCUACCCAUCUAACCCUGUUAGCAUAGUGCUCCUCACACCCAGGGGACACUCCCUCCUUCUAGACUGUCUUUACCCAGAAACCUUUUCAGUCUCAACCCACCUCUAGGCUGUAAGUGGCCUUAGGCAAGACACAUCCCUGCCUCCCACUCCCCUCCACUGUCUUCAGUUUCUUCCUGCAGAGUUAUUAGAGACUACCAAGGCAGCCUGUUCUCCAUUCCUUCUGUAACUACCAUAAGGAGCGCCGGGAAACAGAGAGCAUUCAGAAGCAUCUUUCCCCAAGGACCAGCUGGACCUCUGAAUCUGUGCUGCACAGCCCAAGGACUGGCAGAAGGCAUGACACCAGACAUGGCCUGGCUCCUUGUCCUCCAGCUUGUCUUACGGCCAACUCUGGUGAUAGGCAUCACGAUGCAGACAGCCAUCAAGAACUUCCGAACCUUACACGUUGACUACCCCAUGGUUAACUACCCGAAGGGUUUCCAAGGAUACUGUAAUGGCCUCAUGGCCUACGUGAGAGGCAAACUGCAGGAAUGGUACUGCCCUAAGAUCCACUAUGUGAUCCAUGCCCCCUUGGAAAGCAUCCAGAAGCUCUGCAAAUACAGCGAGAGCUUCUGUGAAAACUACAAUGAGUACUGCACUCUCACUCGGAACUCCUUCCCCCUCACAAUCUGCACCCUGGGCCAUAAACAGGCUCCAACCAGCUGUAGCUACAAUAGUACCCUGACCAACCAAAGGCUCUACUUGCUCUGCUCCCGCAAGCAUGAUGCUGAGCCAAUAGCUAUCAUCGGCCUCUACUAGGGACUUAGUUCCCAAACCAGUCUCGCCUACUACAGGCCUCUACAUGCCACACCAAGGCCCAUUCCCAAACUCUGAGUCUGUCUGCAAGUCUUCCUCCCUGACAUCUGAAGCCGAGCCCUGCCCUCCUUCAGGCUCUUUUGCCUUCUCAUCACCCCCACCAUGAGCCUUCCUCUCCCAGCAACAGUAAAACCCACCCAAGAAGCAGACUAUGUCCAGCUGGCAGUGCUUGUGUAUCUGCUGGGCCAGAUCCUGACUCCUGGAGGGAGGCCCAGGCCCCAGCUCACACCAUGGCAACAGGCACCCAGCUCCAGUAUCUCUCCCUAGGCCUGUUUUUAGUGUCAGUCAGUCCUCCACCCCCACCACUCCUCCUGCAACCCCAAGUUCCCUUCUAAUUCCUGCCACACUCCGGCAAUCAGAACUUCCCUAUGAUCCUCUGGCCCAUUUGCUUCCCUUCCCCAGAGCCCACAAUAAUCUGUGAUUUCCCCUUUCCCUUCAUAUAACACAUCCUUCCCCACCUCCUCCCUCCAUGGAGCCUAGUGCUGUUUUCCCAGACUCUCCCAACCACCGUUAGCCAUGCUGUCUGCCUGUUCCCAACUGCUGUCUUCUCUCUCUCAUCUUGACCCACCAGAAUUUCAGAUUAUCUUUCCUGUCCUACCCAAGGUCCCUCUGUCCCCCUGUCUCUCCUUAUCUCUGU